AUUUCUAAGUGGGAGAACUUUUUUUUUAGAUCAAGAUCAGAAUACUGAUCUUACUGAUAAUACUGUUAAAUGUAAUCUUUAGCGUGUCUCAAAAUUAAUAUCUAUUUUUCAUCCUGUACAUUAUAAUGUUUUGAUGCCUAAAUUCACUUAUAUUAUUCCAAACUAUUUUAGUUUAGUAUUCAAAACAAUUUAGAUUUUUUGUUUCAUUUUAUUCAGACACAAUAGUGUAGAAUUUUAAUAUCUGACCUUUAACAGUUAUUAAAUCACAAUGUGACUGAAGUAGUAACAGAUGUUUUCUUCUGUAUUGUGACAUAUCCGAGUAAAAUGGAUCAUCAAAAAGAAAAAAAUGUUGUGGAAGGACUUGGUUCAACCCACCGGUUGAUUGGAUGGAGGCAAGCUUGCAGUCAUUUGUAAAGAAGGGAGUCCAUGCAGCCUGAAAUCACCUCACGUCCAGCUGAGCUCCCAGCAUGUCUCGUGUCUCCUCUACGGCGAAGCGCUAUGCCGGCUCUUCCUAUACCAGUCACUACAGUUCAUAUGGCUCCUCCCUGACCCCGUCGCUGGGCUCCUACGAGCGGGACAAGCUGCCCUAUAAGAGCUCCUCCUCAGGCUACUCCUCCUCAAGCUACCUGAGCUCAAGCGCCUCCCGCUCCCGCAACUACAGCUCUUCGUCCGAGCCGGACCGGGGUCGGCCUAUCCCUCGCACCGAUUUGCUGGGCGGCCGGCGCAGCGAGAGCCUGAGCCGCACACCGGCUAAGGGCUAUAGCUCGGGCCUCAAUGGAGGCUCGGGAUACAGCAGCUACAGCUACUCUCCAGCGCCCACCAGCUACCUCUCCUCCUCACCCGUGUCCUCCAGCAUCUCCCUCAGUCGCAGGAAGUCGGUGAGUCAGAGCGAUUUGACGCACGAUCUGUCAGCUCUGGGCCUGAGCGAGACGUCCAGAGGCAGUGGCCUGAAGCAGUCCUACCAGAGCCGAGGCACUGACGUAUCUGACUCCUACAGUAGCACUCGCUCCAGCUACGGCCUCUCACGGAGCUCCACGCAGGAUGGCCUGAAGAGCAGCAGCAGCCGAUUCUCCUCCAGCUAUCGCUCCACCUCACCAGUCAGAGAGUCCUUGAACUCAAAGAGUGCCCACGGCCUGGUGGGACUUCGUAAUCUGGGAAAUACAUGUUUUAUGAACUCCAUCCUCCAGUGUCUUAGCAACACACAGAGCCUGCGAGACUAUUGUCUUCACAACUCCCACCGCCGAGACCUCAACAACAACAGCCGCACAAACACUGCUCUCAUGGAAGAGUUUGCCAAGCUUAUCCAGACGAUGUGGACUUCUUCAAGCAGUGAAGCCGUCAGUCCCUCUGAGUUUAAAACACAGAUUCAGAGAUAUGCUCCCAGAUUUGUGGGCUACAAUCAACAGGAUGCUCAGGAGUUUCUACGUUUCCUGCUAGACGGCCUGCACAAUGAAGUGAACAGGGUCACGGUCCGGCCACGGGGAAACAUUGAAGACUUUGAUCACUUGCCUGAUGAGGAAAAAGGGAAAAAGAUGUGGACUAAGUAUUUAGAGAGAGAAGACAGCAAAAUCGUAGAUCUGUUCGUAGGCCAGCUGAAGAGCUCUUUGACCUGCAGUGAAUGUGGCUAUUGUUCCACUGUGUUCGAUCCCUUCUGGGACCUUUCCUUACCUAUCGCCAAGAAGGGCUAUGGAGAGGUGAGCCUAAUGGACUGCAUGCGGCUGUUUACUAAAGAAGACGUGCUGGAUGGGGACGAGAAGCCGACAUGUUACAGGUGCAAAGCCAGAAGACGAUGUACGAAAAAAUUUACAGUUCAGAAGUUUCCUAAAAUACUAGUUCUUCAUCUGAAGCGCUUCUCUGAAGCCCGCAUCAGAACCAGCAAACUGUCCACUUUUGUCAACUUCCCAAUGAAAGACCUGGACCUCAGGGAGUUCGCCUCUGACAGAAGCAGUAGUGCAGUGUAUAGCUUGUAUGCAGUGUCCAAUCACUCAGGCACGACUAUGGGAGGCCACUACACAGCAUACUGUUGCAAUCCUGAAAACGGGGAAUGGUACACAUAUAACGACUCCAGAGUCACGCCAAUGUCCGCCAGCCAAGUUCGCAGCAGUGACGCCUACGUGUUGUUCUACGAGCGGGCGGGACUCUGAAGACGGACUGUGAACUCGAAGCCUUUGGGCUGAAGACACAUUACACACUAUGCUGCUUCCUCUGGGCCGUCACAGAGAAUGAACAUCGCUCUCUGCUGGCCACCGGGAGAAGUGCACACGAUGCCCUCUCACGCUCCACCACUGUGUUAAAGAGGUCCUUGUGCCUCUCUGUGUGUGUGUGUGUGUGUGUCAGGGCAGCUCGUCAUCAGGCAAUAACCCAAGUGGCUCCGACUCAGACGUCUCUCUAUGCACUGCAACCAAACUCUCAUCCCAAUGCGCCUUCCUCUUGAUCAAGAACGCCUCAAUAUUAAAAACUUUGUUUCACUUGAUUCUUGUUUUGGAUUUUUUUUUAAGUAUAUGACCUUCCAGAUAUCCUGGGAGAUGAACCGGUUGGAGGCGCCCCCUAGUGGACAGUUACAGAAGUGCACUGUUCAAGCCUGUUACAGUACACCUUGUUCUUUUCAUCACCUCUUCCACCAUCUUUCGUCCCGUUCACCCCCACCCAUCAUCUUUUCUGUGUAUGCUUUGUUCUCUCCUCCACUUUCUGAGGGCGUCACGAGAGUCUGUUGUGAAAGUCUGUGGUGGUGGUGAGAACGGCGUGUGGCGUGACUUUUAUUCAGUGUGGCUGCUACUGAUCUUUAAAAUGCUGUGAAUGGAAAUGUGUUCGGAAGGAUAGGAGGAUGGGAGGAGAGAUGAUGCUGACAGUAUAUGGAUCCUUGGUCUCAUGCCAUUGAACAACAUGGAAAGAAUGUUUUGCAAAAGAAAAUCUGUAUAUUUUUAUAUGUGAUGCAAUAUAGAGAAUGUACUAUAUACAGUGGUGCUGAAAAUGACCCAUUACUGUUGUCAGUUAUUUUAACAGAGGUAAGAGAACGGCAUUUAUUUAUGCUUACAGGUCAGGAGACGAUGUGAUACGAGUCACACGAUAGCAGUCAAAGUAAAUAUAUAUAUAUAUAUAUAUAUAUAUGUAUGAAUACAUUUUAGAAGAAUGAACUGUUACAAUCCUUUGUGUUUUGUCAGCUGUCAUGUGAAUGAAAAGAUUACAAAAUAGGGCUUGACAAAUUUGUGUUUAUUUGCUAUUAAAUAUUAUAUGAAAACUG